CUCUCCUCUCCUCUCCUCUCCUCUCCUCUCCUCUCCUCUCGACCGCCUGCCUCCUCCCGCCAUGGCAUCCAUCCCGUACCCAGAGGCCCGAGCCGAUGCGCUCCAAAAGCUCAAGGCCCUUUUCCACUCGCAAGAUUGGACCACGGUCCAGAAGUCCGAAGGCGUCACCCUCAAGACAUAUUCGGGCAGCUCGUCGGCAAGCGUGCCCAUCAUCCGUGGCGAUGCCACCUACGGCCCGGCCGAGUGCAGUCUCGAGGACGUUUUCUCAGUCGCGAGCUUUGGCGAACUCCGCAAGCACUGGGACUCUCGCACCGAGGGUGGCCAGGCCUUGAAGAUUUUCAACUCCACCGCCUAUGUGUUCCAAACCCUGCAAUACGGGUUUUGGCCGAUCGUGAGUGGACGUGACAUUGUCGGCAUGAGUGAUGCUGCUCAAGAAGGCGAUCACCACUAUCUGUAUCAAUUCAGCGUUCCCGAACUCAACCAGCAGUACCCGCCUGCAAAGGACAAGGUGCGGGCCAACCUGGCCAUCUCCGGCUGGAUCCUCCGGCCGUCGUCGGCCGUACCGGGCGGUCUCGACAUCACCUACAUUGUCGACAUCGACAUUGGUGGCUCCAUCCCGACAGCGGUGGUGAAGCAGGUGUCGACGCAGACGCCACUCUUGAUUGCCCGUGUGGUCGCAUACCUCAAGAGCCACGGCGCUCCGCCCUUCCUGUGGCCCAACAAUGCCAAGCAACCCGCCGCCUACGCUGCCAUCGAGAGCCAGAAGAUUGACCAAGCCUCGGGCCACUAUGUGGUCGAGCUGUCGUUUGGUGGCACCGUCGAGUCGACUGCGGAUGCGAUUGCAUCGCUCUCGAUCGACACAAAGGUCAUCUACCCGCAUGGAGUGUCCUUGAAGUGGACGGCUCCUCCGGGUGACGAGAUUGCCAUCCGCAGCGACGUGGCCGAGAAGCGGAUCCAUUUCGUCCCCAAGAACGCCGGCGCACUCGACCCAACCAAGAUAUAUCGCCUCGAAGUGACCAAGAAGUCCAGCGGUGCAGUCUCUUUUGAUAUGUAGUGCACCUCAACGGGGGGGGACCCCAAAGGCUUGUCUGUGGUUCGACCGACUCGAUACAUCAAGUCGUGAAACGGCGGGCAGAUGUACAGCUUAUUCAAAAACGAAGCCGGACAGCGCCUGCUGAACUUUCGUAGACCCAGUGAACAAGCCAUGCGAUUGUUUCCUGUCCUGGUUGGCAAUCUCUUUAUUUUCGUUGGUUUGGUCUUGAAUACACUUGGUCGAUCUCCUGUGGCGAU